UAGAAAAAUAAAACCAAAUACGACAUAAUAUAAUGGCGUUUACUACCAAAGAUGUGGUCCUUAAAGAGGACAGACCGAGAAAGUUGCUAUUGCAGAAACACUCCGACUAUUUAGCGAGUUAUGGGCUGAACAAGAAUGACUAUGAAUAUUGUAUGACGGAAUAUCUCAGAAUGUCCGGGAUCUACUGGAGUUUAACAGCUAUGGAACUCAUGGGACAGUCCUCGAGAAUGCCCAAAGAAGAAAUAAUAGAGUUCAUAACAUCAUGUCAAGACAGUGAAAGUGGAGGUAUAUCGGCUAGCGUGGGGCAUGAUCCGCACAUGCUAUAUACACUGAGUGCAGUACAGGUGUUAGCGAUGUAUGACAAACUAGACGCAAUCAAUGUUGAUGGGGUAGUCCGAUUUAUAUCUUCACUGCAACAAAAGGAUGGCAGCUUCUUUGGUGACAAGUGGGGUGAGGUGGACACUCGGUUCUCAUUCUGCGCCGUGAUGUGCCUUUCUUUGCUUCAUCGACUGGAUGCCAUUGACAUUGAGAACACAGUAAACUUUGUUAAAAGCUGUAUGAAUUUUGACGGAGGAUUUGGAUCUAAACCCGGCUCUGAAAGCCAUGCAGGUUUAAUCUUCUGCUGCGUAGGCACACUAGCAAUAACGAAACACCUCGGCGUGCUGGAGGCCGACCAGCUCGCAUGGUGGCUCUGCGAACGGCAGUUGCCCAGCGGCGGGCUCAACGGCAGGCCAGAAAAACUACCAGACUUGUGCUAUUCUUGGUGGGUAAUGGCAUCUCUAUCGAUGCUGAACAGAAUACACUGGGUCGACAAGAAGAGUCUAGAGCAAUUCAUCCUAGCUUGUCAAGACGCGGAAACUGGUGGCUUUAGCGACCGACCUGGGGACAUCCCAGACCCCUUUCACACACUAUUUGGUUUGGCAGGACUUUCGUUACUUGGUAACACUAGCGUAAAGCCCGUGAACCCAACUUACUGUAUGCCGCAAGAAACGAUAGAUAGGCUAAAAUUAGAACCACAGAUUUUACACAUUUAGAUUUUAAGCGUAGCUACAGGUUCCAUUGUUGUAAUGUAAGUUUUUUUUUGUAAGUAUUUGUGAUAUUUUUAACUUGAAACAAUAAAAUAUAUAAGUUUUCACAAAUUGAUAAC